AUGAAGCUGAACAUCUCUUUCCCAGCCAUUGGCUGCCAGAAACUCAUUGAGGUGGACGAUGAAUGCAAACUUCGGACAAUUUAUGAGAAACGAAUAGCCACAGAAGUUGCUGCUGACUCUCUCGGUGACGAGUGGAAGGGAUAUGUUGUCCGGAUCAGCGGUGGAAACGACAAGCAAGACCACGGAGAAACCGGAAAGAGGAAGCACAAAUCUGUCCGGGGUUGCAUUGUGGAUGCCAAUCUGAGUGUUCUCAACUUGGUCACUGUCAAGAAAGGGGAGAAGGAUAUCCCAGGACUGACUGAUACCACUGUGCCACGUCACCUGGGACCCAAGAGAGCCAGCAGAAUUCGCAAACUCUUCAACCACUCCAAGGAAGAUGAUGUCCAUCAGUAUGUUGUGAGAAAGCCACUAAACAAAGGCGGCAAGAAACCCAGGACCAAAGCGCCCAAGAUUCGGCAUCUUGUUACUCCACGCGUCCUACAGCACAAGCGCCGGUGCAUUUCGCUGAAGAAACAGCGUACUAAGAAAAAUAAGGGGGAGGCUGCAGAGUACACUUAG